AUGUCCCAACCGCGCCCGGGCCCGUGCAGGGACUUCGCUGCCGGGAACUGUCGAUACGGCAAUCGGUGCAGGUACUCGCAUGAUCGCGGGGGAUCCAACGCAUCUUCGCGCGGAGGAAACACGAGAGGAUCUCCUUCAACACCCACCCGUGGCCGAUCCCGCGGCCGCGGCCACCCCCAGGCCUCUCCAAGCCCCCGACAACCCCGACCCAAGGGCAUACCUCAUAACGUGUGCGAUUUCUACUGGCAGAGCGGGGCCUGUGCGAGGGGCUUUGAGUGCCAGUUCCGGCACGAGAAGGGGACGGGGGCGGCGAAGAUGGGCGUUCAGGACGGGGCGGACGGGGAGCGUGCUGCGGUAGACGGCAACGACGACGCGCCGCUCGACUUCUUCUCGCCCGAGGGCCUUGCCGUUGGCGCCGGGUCCGUGCACGAGCAAGAGCACAAGCUGAACCCCAGCGAGGUUCACAACUACCUGCACGAGUAUCUCCGCGACCACUAUGUUUUCUCCUCCGUGACCAAGGUCCAGGCGUUUGUGCGUAUCUUGGCCAGCGUCAACGACCGCAACAAGUCAUGGAACACUGACAGUGCACAAGAGUUUCUUCAAUUUGUCGUGACUGGAAACACUCUCCACAGGAUCGGAGAUGUCCUUCGCUUCCCGCAGGUCGGAUCCUCCGUAGGGUACCCUGCCGGGACGCGUCUCUCUUUUCAGCGCGGAUACUUCCCGCUGUUUCAGUUCUUCGCCUCCGAUCUCGUGCUUAAGUCUACCCUUCACCAGAACAUCAAUUCCUUGUACUCGCUCAUCGUCAACAACCACGAUGCAAUCUUCGGGACGUUGCGACAAUGCAUUUCCGAAAUGAUAGACGUUUAUUCGUGGAAGGACCAGUCACCUGGUCUCCCAGCGUCCCAGCAAACCAGUCUAGACGGGCUCACGGUUUUCCGAGUGCUCUCUACUGUUCUCUUGCAGUACUUCCAGCGAUUCAGAGUCUCGAUCCGCGAUCAUGACAAUACUCCCUCCUUCGUGCAAGACUUUGCUCGUUGGUUCGACAUCUGGGCCAAGGACGUCUCUUCCCCUCAGCCUCGAUACACGGACCCGAUCGCUUCCGCGGACUCCAGAACGAGGAACCUCACCAUAGAUCACAUCCAGGAAGAUAUCCUCCGUCUCGGUGCCAUCGUCGAGCGUGAGAGUGGCGUUGUGAUAAAGCUUCAAAUCGGACCACCCGCGUCUUCCAUGACUGCCGCGCAGAAGAGUCAGGCCCGCAUCGCGCAGCUCGCGCAGACAUACGAUCCCCCAGGCGAACUCCGUCCCGAUGGGCCCCGGCACGACAACGAUCACCAGUUCAUCCGUGACAUCUCAAUCGCGCCCACGCACGACGAGAUCUUCGCUCCCAUUGGGCCAUAUCUCCCUGUCUUUAGCAGGGAUGCGCCCCACCACCUUCCUGCGAACUCUAUGGAACGUCAUCUCGACAUCCAGUUCCGGCUUCUUCGCGAGGAGCUCAUCUCCACUACUCGUGCGUCCUUGACCGUCAUCCAUGAAGACCUCGACCGCAUCUGGGACCUGAACCGCGACCGACGCUACAAGACCCAGCUCGAGAAACUCCUCACCAGCAAAGGCGGCGCCUACCGCACAUCCGGCCACGACUCCGUCUACUUCCAGGUCUACACCGGCGUCGAGUUCGUCCAGCAGCCGCCCGAGGCGCAGCGCCGCGGCAUCGUCGUCACCAUCUCACUCGACACGCCUCCCGCCGGCGCCGCGCGGGACAAGAACGCCUCCAAACGGUUCGAGUUCUGGGACCGCAGCCGACGCCUGCAGGGCGCGACCCUCGUCGCGCUCGUCACGACGCGGCGCGGCGAGGCGCGCGUCCACCUGGGCGUCGUCGCCUCGUACGGGCGCGACAUCGCCGAGUCCGCGCGGCGGUCCGCGGAGCGGAUCCAGGUCAAGGUGACGUUCUUCGAGGCCGACGUCGAGAUGAUGGCGCUCCGCGGCGAGCAGCUGUGCGCCGAGGGCGGCAAGCUCAGCAAGUUCGCGGUGCUCGUCGACACGGGCGUCAUGUUCGACGCGGUGCGCCCGUUCCUGGAGAAGCUGAAGACGACGGAGCCGACGGAGAUCCCGUUCGGGCGGUACAUCGCCACGGGGACGGGGCUCCACGGCGUAGAGGUGCACUCGCCCAAGUACGCGCUCGCGCCGGCGUUCAAGUUCCGGCUGCAGUGUGUGGCGAAGGAGGGCGCGACGAUCUCGGACCUGGACGUCAACAUUCCGGAGGCGGUCGAGCGGGCGCGGGACCAGUUGAAGCGGUUGAGUGUCCUGGAUCCCAGUCAAGCCGAGGCUGUCGUUGAUACCCUCGUCAAGGAGAUCUCCUUGAUCCAAGGACCGCCAGGGACCGGAAAGAGUUACACUGCGAAGGAAAUCAUCCGCAUACUCGUUGCGAGCCAGAUCCGCCCCAUCGUUCUCAUAGCAUUCACGAACCACGCGCUUGACCACAUGGUCGAGUCAGUUCUCGACGGCAAGAUCACGGACAAGGUCAUCCGUCUCGGCACCCGUUCCUCCAACGAGCGUAUCGCCGAGUACACACUCGACAAGAUGGAGCGGAUGGUCAACGCUCCAACGCUCGACAGGUCUAUCAAGAAGCAGUAUCGUGUGAUGAAGGAGCUUGAAGAGCGCAUGACCGAGACGAUGACCGAGAUCCGGCUCCCCCGACUCCAGUGGCACAAGAUCGAAGAAUACCUCGACAUCAAGUACCCGGAUCACGUGGAGUGGUUGCGCACCCCGCCGGCCUGGAUCUCGGAUCUCUACGCCCUUCAUAGCGCAGACGAGGCUGAAGGGGGCGAGUGGGAGACCGCGAAAGGGAAGAACGCGAAGAAGACGGCCACGACCGACGAUGCCGUCGCCCACACCUUGUACGGAUUCUGGCGGAGCUCCGGCGAUAUUGCCUUCCUCUCUCAGCCUCCACCACCGGCCACGAAGCAGUCAAAGAAGGGCAAGGGGCGCGCGGACGACCCCGUUCAAGACAUCCCGCUCCUGCAGAACCCUCCCGCGUUCUUCGCAUCACUUGGCUUCCCGACACUUCCUCCCAUUCCGAGCAUGAACCGUGGUAUCGAUGCAUUGGAGGAGACCGGGAACGUGUGGUCGAUGUCUCAGCAGGAGCGUCUGGCGCUCACGCAGAAGUGGGAGAGGGACAUUCGCCUCAUGGCGUACCGCACGAAGAACGACAUGUACAAGCGUGUCAAGGCGGAGUACGAAGCCGCGUGCAAACAGUACGAACAGAUGCGCGACGAGGUUCGGCGUCGGAUCCUCAGCCAGACCGACCUUAUUGCGUGUACGACUACUGGAGCUGCCACGCUCACCUCGCUGCUUGAGAGCAUCUCUCCAAGAGUUCUCAUGGUCGAGGAGGCUGGUCAGGUGCUGGAAGCGCACAUUUUGGCGUCCCUCGUCUCUUCGGUGCACCAUCUGAUCUGUAUCGGUGAUCCUCAGCAACUUCGUCCCAACCUCGCCAACUAUACCCUCUCUAUGGACAGCAGGCAGGGUAAAGAGCUGUACAAGUUCGACCGAUCGUUGAUGGAGCGUUUGCACGACGAGCAGUACCCGAUGUCGCAGAUCAACGUCCAACGGCGCAUGCGCCCCGCGAUCUCCCACUUCAUUCGAGAAAUACUAUACCCUAAGCUCGAGGACAACGAGAUCGUCCACGGAUAUCCUCACGUGCAAGGGAUGCAGAAGGACGUUUUCUUCUUCAACCAUCUGAACAAGGAGAACGGAACCGAGGACUCUGUCUCCAAGUACAACAGCUUCGAAGUGGAGAUGAUCAGAGAGCUCGUUCUCUACUUCCUCCGGCAGGGCUGCUACAACGCCGAAGGAGACAUUGCCGUCUUGUGCGCCUACCUUGGACAGCUACAAAAGGUUCGCGCGGCGCUCGCCGGUCUGAAGAUCACCGUCGCCCUUGAUGAGCGAGACCAAGACCAGCUCGUCAGGCAAGGUAUCGACGAAGAGCAGGCUGAAUUCGAAGAAGUUCUUGUCGCGAAGCAUCUCCGUCUCGGUACUGUCGACAUCUUCCAAGGACGUGAAGCGAAAAUCGUCAUCGUCUCUUUGGUGAGAAACUCGGGAAAAUCGGACAGCAGUACGGCAUCCAUCGGAUUCCUGAAGAGCGUCAACCGCAUCAAUGUGGCCCUGUCUCGCGCGAAACACGGGCUAUAUGUCCUCGGAAACGCGGCGAAUCUGCGGCAGAACGACACCUGGGACACCAUUCUCGCCGAGAUGGAGGAAAACGACCAGAUCGGCAGUGCAUUCCCAAUCAUAUGCCCUCGUCACCCCGAGGAAGUCAACUUCAUCUCGCAACCAGCAGAACUCCCUCGAGUCGCUCCUGUGGGAGGCUGUUUGCGUCCAUGCGGUGCGCAGAUGCUCUGCGGCCACGUAUGCCCGUCUGUGUGUCACGCGGUCAUCGACAAUCACCGAACCGUUUUCUGCGAGGCACCCUGCACCCGGACACCCUGUCCUCGGUCCCACCCUUGCCCGAAGCGCUGCUCAGAUAACUGCGGCGACUGCAUCUUUCCAAUGCAUAGGGUCGCUCUUCCCUGUGGCCAUGUUGCCGCUUCCGUACCAUGUCACAAACUCGAGGACCUCGCGUCCGUCCGAUGCACCGCGCAAGUACGGAAGAAGCUGCCGAGCUGCGAGCACUCCGCGGUCAUGCAGUGCUCUCAAGAUGCGGCCACAUACCGCUGCCAGGAGCGCUGCAACCGCGAACUUCCGUGCUGCUCCAGGACGUGCAAGUCGAGCUGUCACGAGUGCACAGCCAUCACCGUCGAGAUCACCAGGCAAGCGUCUGGCCAGGUGGACCGGACGGAACACGAGAGCCACCCCUGCGAGCGCAUGCUCUACUGCCAGCACCAGUGCGGUCUGGCCUGUGCGAAGGAUCACCGCUGCAACACAUCGUGCAAAGGUCAAUGUCGUCAACAGUGCUCACAUCAAAAAUGCAGCAAGCCGUGCUCUGUUCCGUGCGCGCCGUGCAUGCAGCGCUGCGAGUGGGCGUGCAAGCAUGCCGAGUGUCCGGUGACAUGUGGGGCGAUCUGUUCGCGACUUCCCUGCGAUGAGCCUUGCAGUACGACCUUGCAAUGCGGCCAUCCCUGUCCGUCUGUCUGCGGAGAGCCCUGCACUGCACAGACAUGCGUCGAGUGUCUCUCGGACGAAGACAGGCAGGACGUGGACAUCGUCGACUAUCUCAUGCAGCGCAAGCUCGAGGAGAUCGACCUCACUUCAACGGACGUUGCCGAACGACUCAUCACCCUCGCAUGUGGCCACAUGUUCACCGUCGAGACCCUCGAUGGUCACUGCAACAUGCACGCAUUCUAUAACGUCGACCCUAUGACCGGGAAGUUCCUCUCCACUAAGGCGCCUCCCAUCGACUACCAGACUCCGCCGACGUGCCCGCGCUGCCGAGGACCCAUCACUGCUCUCCGUUAUGGGCGCGUCACGAAGCGCGCGACGCUCGACAUCAUCGAGCAGAACGUGGCUAGCACCAUGUCCCACUCCCUCGACAAGUGUACUCCCGCUCUCGCGGCCCUCACCUCAUCUCUCCCCACCCUCAAGGAGGAAGCCACGAGGCUCAAGAUCGACGCCACCGACCCCGAGGAAGAGGACAACAAGAAGGAUACUCAGCGCAAGGGUGCCGAUCACUUCGCAAACCUUGCGGGAAUGCUCCCUCUCUCCGUACUGCAGACUGGAGGGAUGAUGUCCUUCCACGGCCUCUCGAAGAAGGAAGCGCGCACCUGGCACGACCACAUCAGCCCCGCACUCAUCAUGUACGCGAGCAUCGUUGGUAUCGCCAGCACCCGUGGGGCGCACGUCAUGGCCUACGAGGCCGCGCGCAGCACCCUCUUCCGCCUGACGAUGGAGGAGCUCACGCAAGUUUCUCUCGAUGCACCCGGCGCGCUCGGCGACGACGACACGCCCGAGGAGAUCGCGCUCGCCACGGUAGACCGCGCGAUCGGCCAACCCCCUCCGAAGGCCGACGUCCGCUUCCAAGUCGAGGCCUCCUUCCUCACGCUCGAGGUCCGCGCGCUCAUCGCCGAGAUCGCCCAGGCGCGCGUCGAGGGCCUCAACGUGAACCCGACCACGGCGGACGCGGGCGCGGCGGCGCACCGCGAGAAGUGGGAGCGCUUCGUCGCGUUCGUGUACGACACGUGCGCCGCGGACGCGGGCAAGACGUACAAGCUCGCCGCGGACUCGCGCGCGUCGCGGCAGGCGGCGCGCGCGAUGGUGCACCAGACGCGGUUCAAGUUUGAGCGCAUGCGGUGGGACGUGAUGUGCGAGCGCACGGCACGGAAGCGGGCGCAGGCGUUCGACCGCGAGCAGCGGCAGGUGCUGGCGAAAAAGGCGAAGGAGAUGAAGGCGCAUGUGCAUCGGAUCGGCGCGGACAUCGAGAGAACGUACCUGAAAGAGCGGGGGGUGCGGUUCCGGAGCUCCGACGCAGCUGAAGCGCAAUGGUUGGACGACAAUGUGUGGAAGAAGAUCAACGCCUGGAAGGGGGAGUGCGACGCGCUGGAGGCGUUCCUCGCCAAGGACGGCGUUUACGAACCUCUUUCAACCCAGGAGAUGGAGGAUAUCGUGCGCUCGUUCAACUUCUCGCACCGCGGUCACUUCUACAACUGCGAGAAUGGGCAUACGUUCGUAAUCACAGAGUGCGGCGGCGCUCAAGAGAGGUCGCGGUGCCCCGAGUGCGCCGCGCCGAUCGGUGGUGGAAACCACCAGAUCGAUAACUCCAACACGCGAGCGAAAGAAUUCGAGGCGGCUGCACGACGCAUUGGAGUGCGGGCAGGAGUGUAUUCGUGGAACAGAGACGAGUGA